GAACAAUAGAAGUUUUGUGAGUGCGGAAAACGAAAAACUUGAGAGAGAAGCAUGAGUUCCUCAACAGAUGAGGAGCGUAGACAUCCAGAUUACGAUGAAGUGGAAAAGCUCAUCCAACAUUUAAGGCUACCCCGGGGUACUCCACACGUUGUGUGCUUUGCAGAAGAUUCUGAUGUAGAUUUUGAUCGGUUUCCGGUUCCGAGGUGUGUUGAUUCUUUACAGAAUCUUAGUUUGUUUAAUAAUUUUGAAGAAAGAAUUUGCGAUACGAAGCCGUUAUGUAAAGCUCCUCAUAAACAUGAGGUAGAUUACGGGCCAAGAGUCAUGGAUUUUUAUUCCAUCAUCAUCAAGCGUAAGAAAGGCAUGGGCUGUAGUUUGAAAGGUAGAAUCAAUGGUUUUAUUGAGAUCAAUUGGGAGCCCGACGUGUGUGUCUUCAAGGUGAAGAGAGAGGACGCUGACGCCGAAUGGGUCGAGCUGUCUCCAGAUCAAGAACGACACACCACCAUCACUCUGUAUGGUCCCGUUGACAAUGGCACUCGACUCUAUAUGUGUGACAGUGGCUCAGGGGUUGGCGCUGCACUCGCUCUCGAUGAUCAGCCGCUGGUGCAAUGUGACGACCCUCAUCUUCACUGUUACGAGGAUGAUCAAGUAUUUGGUCGUGGUAACAAAGUUGGCAAAGUAUUUGGUCGUGGUAACAAAGUUGGCAGAGCUUGUUUCACGGUUCAUUAUCAAUGGACACAAACUCCUUAUAUUUCUAACCGUCUUCUCGAGAGCCGACUUGACCCGGGUAACGAGAAUUACGUACCUCUCAAGAGUGUUUCUCCGUGGCAAAUCUUUCUACAGUAUGCUAUUAUGAGGCCCGGACUAGUGGCCAAGAUUACUAUUAAAAUCAUAGACCACGGGGACGUGGCCCACGUCUCUGGUUCUAUUUAUGCUCGCCCUUGCUGUUUCAGCCAUCAAAUCCCACUUAUCAACAAGACCACGGAGACGAUGGUGAAUGCGGAUGGGGAGAUCCAGCUGAAGAGGUCAAUUGUGGCUGUUCCAGCACAUGCCUCUCUGGUCAUUGCAGCUGAUAACCUGUUGGACAACCACGGCAACUCUGUUGCUGACCAUGCCAUCACUUUCUUCAUUCCGGCCGAGAAGGGGUCCUAUCAUAAGAUUAUGUCCAGGCGAACAGAGUCCUGGCAUCACACUGGAGAUGCGCGCCUCCAAGUUGAGGUCGAAUGGAUUCCGCAUCAAUAUGGACUUUUUAAAAAAAGAUCGCCGUCCCUUGCUCAAGCGGCUACUUCAGAAAUUGUGGUCUCAGCUACUUCAGAAAUUGUGGUCUCAGCUACUUCAGAAGGGAAUACUUCAGGGGAAGAGAAACAAGACGAGACGGAUGGUUUCGUCUACUGGUGACGUUUAUCCAAAGAAGGCACCGAAAAAUGCCAAUUAUUCCAGGGUCCUCAUCAGUCUACAGUCCCUGAAGAUAGCACAACAAAGAAACAUUUAAAAUAACUUAUUUAGACUAUGUCGGGGCUUGUUGCAACAAUCAAGGUAUGCUACUCAUGUAUUAUUUAUCUUAUUAUUAAUUAAGUUUAUUUAUCAGUUAUCAAACAUUCGUGUCGUGUCUGCGCUUUUUGAAUUCAAAAUCAGUAUCGAACUUUUACAUAAAGUAUUUAAAGAAUUUAUCUUUCAACCACCUUCUUCACUAUUACGAGAAUGAUCAAGUAUUUGGUGGUAUCAAAGUUGGCAGAGCUUCUUUCUUGGUUGAUUUUCAAUGGACACAAAUUCCUUAUAUUUCUAACCGUCUUCUCGAGAGCCGACUUGACCCGGGUGACCGGAAUUACGAACCUCUCGAGAGUGUUUCUCCGUGGCAAAUCUUUCUACGGUAUGCUAUUAUGCGGCCCGGACUAGUAGCCAAGAUUUCUAUUAAAAUCGUAGACCACGGGGACGUUGCCCACGUCUCUGGUUCUAUUUAUGCUCGCCCUUGCUGUUUCCGCCAUCAAAUCCCACUUAUCAACAAGGCCACGCAGACGAAGGUGAAUGCGGAUGGGAAGAUCGAGCUGAAGAGGUCAGUUGUGGCUGUUCCACCACAUGCCUCUCUAGUCAUUGGAGCUGAUAACCUGUCUGACAACCAUGGCAAGUCUGUUGCUGACCGUGCCAUCACUUUCUUCAUUCCGGCCCGGAAGGGGAUCCAUGAUAAGACUAUGUCCCAGCGAACUGGAUAUGCGCCCCUCCAUGUUGAGGUCGAAUGGAUUUGGCAUCAAGAUUGACUUUUUAAACAAAGACAGUCGUGCCUUGCUCAAGCGGCUACUUGAGAAGGGAAUACUUGAGGGAAAACAAGAGGGAUAAUUUCCCUUCUUUUGGCGACGUUUAUCCAAACAAGGCACCAAUAUGAUUCCAGGGUCCUCAUCAGUCUACAGUACCUGAAGAUAGCACGGCAAACAAUAUUAUAAUUGUCCAUUACAUUUAUUUAUUAAUUUUUAUGAAUAUUCUUUGACAAUAUUAUCAUCAUGUGAAUCUUCUUAGGUCUAGAGACAUCAUUUUAAUGUAUUAUAGUUGUUUUUUUCUUUCGAAA